CAAAAUGGCGUCUGGUGGUGUUGAUUUUUUGGCGUUGUGCUUGAAAAUUUGAAAAUAUUGCAGUGAUUUAUAAGUGUAGUGGUGUCAGGAUAGCAGGCAUGGCCAGUACAAGUAAUUCAGGUUCAAACGGAAGGACCAAAAAUGUACCCGCUGAAACGAGUGCCGGACACCAAGGUGAUGGUGACGUGAAUCUGUCCGCAUCCUCGCCUCAGCCUCCAAUGUCUCCGGACGGCUCCCAGGAGCUACCUCCAGCCCUCGUGAAGGCUGGGUGGCGAAAAUUCUGGAGUCAGCGGGAAAAUCGACACUAUUACUUCAACAAGUCUUCAGGGCAGUCCAUCUGGGACCUUGCGCUUUUGUACUCUCUGCCGAGUGCAACAACCGAUCCCCUGGGAAUAUCCAUGACAGUUCACUCGCCUGUUGGGCUACCGGCUCGUCCAUCUCUACCUGUUCCUGGUGACAAGCGAAGGCCAUCUGGGGACUUACUACCAGGACAAAGCCCUGCGAAGAAACUCAAUCUCCUGCCGUUAAGCGGGUAUUGGGAGCUGGAGUUGGGGUCAAACGUGCUGAUUAUGGCGAGACCGCCUAGUCUUCACCCGCCGCCUCCACAUCCGGAGGUAGAACAACUGCGUGCAAGGCUGGUUGCUAAGCUUCGCCAUCAGUACCAGGAGUUGUGUCAUUCGCGAGAAGGCGUAGAUGCGCCGAAGGAAUCCUUUAACCGGUGGCUUCUGGAGAGGAAGGUUCAGAGCAACGGGAAGGAUCCACUGCUCCCGAGCGGCUGUCCAUCGGAAGUCUCCGUGUCGAUGUACCGAGAGAUCAUGAACGACAUACCCAUCCGUCUCACGAAGCCAAAGUUCUCGGGUGACGCCAGGAAGCAGCUUGCACGAUAUGCGGAGGCAGCGAAGAAGAUGAUAGAAACGCGCAAUGGCCCAAAGGACAGCAGAAAGCUCGUCAAGUGGAAUGUAGAGGACACGUUUCAGUGGCUGCGAAAUCAGUUUGGUGCUUCUUAUGACGACUACCUUAAACGACUGGCCUACCUGAAGCAACAGUGUCAGCCUCACCUCACCGAGGCAGCGAAGCCAUCUGUUGAAAGCAUUUGCAGCAAAAUCUACAACCUGUCAUGCGAUUACGCACAGAAGUGCAUGCAAAAGCACUGGGAGGUUCUCAAGGAGCACAACAUUGAAGAGGUGACAGAACCACCUGCAGUGCCACCACCACAUAAGGUGGCCUGUUACCCCGUCCAGUUCCUGAUACCGUGCCCACGGCUACCCAAGGUCGAACGUAUCAUCGAAGGUGACAUCGCUAUGUUGAAGUUUAAUGGGGAGGUGAUGAAACUCAGUGUGCUGUACUUCCAAAAGUUGGAGCAUUUAUAUAGAUACAGUUGCAAGGAGGACCAGCUUUUCAGCAAUUUUCUGGCCAGGGCUUGGUGCCUUCUCCGGCGAUACCAGACAUACUUCGGAGUGUUAGCCAACGAAGGAAACGGUCUCCAGGGGGCUUUGCCCAUACCUGUGUUUCAAACACUGCACAAGCAUUUUGGCGUGACCUUUGAGUGUUUUGCCUCACCGCUGAACUGUUACUUCCGCCAGUACUGCUCAGCGUUUGGUGACACAGAUGGUUACUUUGGAUCGAGAGGGCCAAUACUGGAUUUUUUCCCGACAAGCGGUUCAUUCGAAGCAAACCCACCUUUCUCUGAGGAACUCAUAGACGCGAUGAUUGAUCAUUUUGAGCGGCUCCUCACCUUGUCGCAAGAACCACUGUCCUUUAUCAUCUUCAUGCCAGAGUGGCGAGAUCCACCGAUAGCCGGUGUUCUGCGGCUGGAGGGCAGUAGAUGGAAGCGAAAGCAAGUGUCCAUUCCACCAUUUGAUCACGAGUAUAGGCACGGCUUCCAGCACAUCUGCUCCCGGACCGAGAUGUACCAGCGGUCAGCGCACGCAACCUUCGCCGUCUUUCUCCAAAAUGACGCCGGCUUUGCGAAAUGGGAGCCGACGGAAGAGCGCGUGCAGGCGCUGGUCAACGCCUACAAGCCGGGCAGCCACGACGCCGAGGUGCCAGCGGAGAGCAAGCCGGAUGCUGCCGGUGCCGUUGCCAGUGCCGUUGCCGGUGCCGGUGCCGUUGCCAAGGAGAACUCGCCGAAAGAGAACAGCAAGGAUGCCGGCGCUCGGCGAAGCGUCAGCUGAUGACUCGAGUCGAAAGAGAACAGGGCAAAUGCGGCGGUCUUUGCUAGACUGUCGGGCGACGCCUGCCUGGAAGAAGCGCGGGUGAGGUUCCAGUUGGUCGCGGUUUGUCGGAACAUUCACGGCGCGCCCGUGCGAGGGUGUGUGCAAAUGUGCAAAGUAUGGUAAUGCUUUACGGUGAAGUAUAGCUAAGCACCAUGUGUGCGCGAAUGGUGUACGCACUUCCACGUCCAAGUGCAUAUGUUUGCAUCUGAGCAUGGUUGUGGCGUGCGUGCAUGUUUAGGUGAAGGUGUAUGUAUCUGCAACCCAGCAUGCAGGUGUAUGCACCUUCAAGCACACGUGUGGUGGCGGGCGUGCGUGAAAGUGUUCUUGAGGCAUGUUGAGUAAGGAUUCGUGAUUGUGUGCAUGUGUGUGCAAGAGUAUUUGGAGCAUGUUGUCCAUGCAAGCAAUUUGCAAGGGCAUGCAUGGAGAUGUGGUAAUGUCAUCACCGUAGUAAAUAUGUGGCAAUUAAUGCAUGCAUAGUUUCCUAAAGGCCAGCUGUACACGAGAUGCUAGUUUCAAAUAAUUUAUAUUUUUUUAUUCUACUGUUUAUAUAGUCAUAAUAUAGCUGUCAUAGUUAGGGCUAGAUUCAAUGCAGUAUGAUAGGUAGCAUUGGUAGAGCUGGUUAAUUUUUAAAAAAUCGACUCGGUGCUCCGACGGUUGGCAGGGUCUACAACAUUUGUAGGCAGCUUUUGUAAUGUGGGUCCAGCUUUAAACCAUUUAGUUGUUUGUACAGGUCUGUGUGCACAGCAAACUCAUUCGAAGCAGAUAGCUCCCUCUGCUGGGAAUAAUGGUAAACUGCUAUAACUGCUAAUAUUCUUUGCAACACGGGGCAAAGGCCCACGACUUUGGAAAUUUGUCACUCUUUCCUAUUAUUAUAUAAAACUUGGUUAGAGUAUUAACUAAGAAACUCAAUAACAAAGAAUGCGAUGUCUAAAUAAAAUGGAUAAUAACUCUAGAACUAGAAUAAGAAUACGUACACGCAGGCACGCACACGCGCGCACACAGACUUGUACCUUGUAACAUAAUGUAAAUAAAUGAAGGUCCAGUGAGGUGCCAUAUUAAUGUAUAAACGUAGUAAACUAGUAUACUACUUCAUGUGUAAAGCUUAUUAAAAGAAGUAUGAUAUAAAGUAAGCAAAUGUCACAUUACUAUAACCUUCUGUCACCUAUAUUGUUAAAGUAUGGUUAGGUAAAUUAUAUAUACACUAGCUGUACGCCGUUACUGUAAAUACAGUGUAUUCGACUGUUUAGCUACGUAUAAAAUAAUAGUAUUUGAAAAAAAACGUAUCAAUAUAGGACUAUAGUCAUUUAUUUGUUUGAGGGUUAACCUGGCAAUUGGGAACCUUUGGUGCGGAUGCAGUGUCAGCGCAACUGGUGUAGCGUUGAGGUAGUGCUACUGUCUUGGCCAUCUGCUAUGCACAAUCACUCGUGAUCCGCCCUCUGUUGAUAACCAUAUGAUAUGUUUCAAUAUAACAUAAUAGCUCCAUUGUUGCUAGUGACGCUUCGCUUCCUAGCUAUAUUGAGGUGCCAGCCAAUGGUAUAGGAGACCCAUGUGCCUGAGAGUGCAUUGCAAAGUAAGUAUUCAUGGUUCGCCAAAUGAUGCAAUAAUGAACGAUGAAAAUCGUGUAUUUUAUGUUGCUAAACCAGGCAGGUAGUAUUAGCCACGAUUUGUAGUAUUGCGUGAAAUAGUAGAAAGUAACAGACGUGAGUAAGAAAAUGUUAAGAAUUAAUCUGGACUGUAAUAACGUUUACUAUCUUGUGUCAAUGCGUUUUGUGCAGAGAAUCUGAACAAAGCUUAAUAUUAGACAAUGAAUGGCCAGUCGUAGUGUGAAAGCAGUAGCUUUAGUAACGAUGUUCAGUUGUUUGUUCAUUUUAUUCACGCGCUUAUUUAAGGUGGACGGGGAUACUAACAGCAUGUGAAGUAGGGAGUGUAAUUGCGCGAGCAAGAGGUUCGCGGGUUAGCUCGUGUCGGUUGAUGAUGUCAAUGAUAUGUUAAUCAUAUAUUGUCGUGUUGUGUUUAGUUCAAUGUUCUUAGAACAAUACUCACUGUUUUUGUUUAAUAUAUCGCUAGUGUACAUGACUGUGGCGAACGGUAUGCGAUUUUUUA